UAGCUGAAGCACAGUGUAGCUGAGCUUUGAACACUUCUAAUUUGUAUGGUGUCCGCAAUACUUUAGUAAAUCACAAAUGGAUCUGCCCUGUUUGAUAUGGCAGAGACGCGUGGAAGAGAAAUGGAAUCAACUUCCACCUUCAGCGAAGACGAGUUUUUCCUCCCUGACAGAGGUGGAUGAUAUUUUCACUUCAGUUCAGUCCAGGAUUGACUGCGAUGAUGUGGCCUUCUUGCCAAGUGUGUCCAAGGACUGCGAGCUGCGGAAGGACUCGGUACGGGCAGGUAGACUUCGAGAGCAGGGCAACGCCAGCUUCAGGGCGCGGGACUUCAGCACAGCCGCUCUGUAUUACUCCCAGGCUCUUUGCGGUGCGGCUCUCGGCUCUGAUCAAAUUGCCCUGUGUUACGCCAACCGCUCGGCAGCCUUGUUCCACCUUCACCUUCAUCAGGAAUGCCUCGAGGAUAUCCGUAGGGCUCUGGAUCACAACUACCCUACCCACCUCCAGCAGAAAUUAUUGGAGCGGAGGCAACAGUGUCUCAUCCGUCUGCGUCAGCUGGCUACAGAGAAGGGAGGCAGUAAAGACAGUAAAGAAAAUAGGGCUGGCACCACACUGGAGGAUGAAUGGACAGGAGCGCUCCCUCGCCUGUCACCCAGAGUCCUUUUUCGUUUUAGCCCUGAAAAGGGGCGACAUCUGGUGGCUAGGGAGCGUAUAUCAGCCGGCGAGGUGGUCCUGGAGGAAAGGGCGUUUGGCAGCGUCCUGAUCCCGGGAACAGCUUUCGGACCCGGAGCUGGGAAAUGCGCAGGAACAGAGUUGCAGGAGAGGGCGUUUGGCACAGAGGAUUUGCACUGCCACCACUGUCUGUACCAGACUAGGAACCCUGUGCCCUGUCCAGGCUGCAGCUAUGCCCGCUACUGUGGGGAGGCAUGCCAGCAGGAAGCAUGGGAAGGCCACCACCGCUGGGAGUGCUCGGUGGCAGCAGAGCUACAGGCUAUGGGCAUAUUGGCUCAUCUGGCAGUAAGAAUGGCGUUCAGGGCAGGAUUUGAGGCAGCGCAGCAGGUAAGGGGUCAUCUGGUAGGGCCAGCUACGAGUGGCUUAGAAAUGCCCAACAAGACUGGGGGCUGUGUUACCAUGGAGGGCAGUGAUGGAAGGGAACAGAUUAGCAGUCAGGGCUCUGCAGCCAGGAAUGAAAAUCCAGUCCAUUGCUGCAGUACCAUUUUGGACCCACCCCUGGAUGGUUCUUACCUCUGUGUCCACCACCUUCUGCCUCAUGUGUCAGGUCAGGCACCUAGCCUGCGUUUUCUGUGUGCUGUCACUGCAGCAGUGCUCUGCCAAAGGCUCAGACGAACAGGGUCGCUGCCUUUGUCGUGGAGGCGAGAGGCCCACGCAAGCGAUGGACACAGCAGCCGAGACGAGAACGAGGACUGGUCGCCGGAGCUGAGCAUGUUGGGAGCUGUGAUUUUGAGGCAUAUUUUGCAGCUGCGGUGCAACACACAAGCAGUUACCAUCCUAAGAGAUUCUGGUGUGACCAAAUCUGCGGUGUCUUCAGUCCAUGAGGUGCGAAUUGCCACGGCUGUUUUCCCCACACUCAGCCUGCUGAACCACUCCUGCACCCCCAACACCAGCCUUGCUUUUGGCAAAGGAGUUCGUCAUGACCGUGCUGCCACUGGCACUCGGCCCAACUCCGUUCCUGGUGUCGUCACCGUCACCGUUCGUGCGACACAGACAGCUGGGCCUGGCCAGGAGCUUCUGCACUGUUAUGGCCCUCAUUGCAGCCGAAUGCCUGUGAAAGAGCGGCAGAAGCUCCUGCUGGACCAGUACUUCUUUCUGUGCCAAUGUGAGGCCUGCAGCCAAGAUCUGGCAUCAAAGGGCGAAGGUCAAAGAACAGCUACUGCUUCAGGGCUGCAAUGCACACGCUGCCAAUCUCCCUUGCAGUGCAGUGAGCAGGGAUACCUGUGUUCGGGGCCAAAUUGUGGCCACCCCAUGUCCCACGCAGAACUGAACCACAGAUUGCAGGAGCUACAGGAGCUGCUGGACAAGGCAACAAAGCUCAUUCAGAAUGACUGUCCAGACAAAGCAGCGAUACAUCUUCAAGCAGCCUUUGACAGGGCUGAGCACUUCCUGUUGGAGACACACCCGUUGCUGGGACAGCUGGCUGACAUGGCAGCCAGAGCGCAGGCUGCCAUGGGUGACUGGCGACAAGCUGCUGUCCACCUGAGCCGGAGCGUGGACGCCAUACGGUGUCAGUAUGGAGAAGACAGUGCAGAACUGGGACAACAGCUCUUCAAACUGGUCCAGCUGCACUUUAAUGGUGGGGAGGCCCGGAAGGCGCUCCCUCUGAUCCCAAAAGCCAUGCAUCUCCUCUCACUGCACUUUGGCCCUUGCUGUGAGGAGAUGGAGGAGCUUCGUGCUAUGGAGGAUUGCCUGCAGAGGGCACUAUGAUGUUGUACAAGAAAACAUGCACACACCCACACACUUUUCAUCCUCAAGAAGCCCAGCAUACAGGAUGCCAGGAACUUUUUCUAAUUCA